UUUAGCUUUAGCGUUAGCUUCAGAGAAGACAGUCAGGCAGUGAAGGUGGGGAUACAUCAGCACCAGUAACAAAACAAACAGGACGAAACGGGGAAAUUUACAAUUUACAAAGAGGACAUUUACAUUCGAGGACGUUUUCUCGCUAAAGGAAUCACAGACCAAGGGUGUUGCGAUGUCUGCAAUACUGCCAUCGCCAAGCGCUGUCCUGUCAGAUGAGGAGGAGUGUGGUGCCGUAUUUGAGUCCACAGCAGCAGAUAUCGGGGGUCUCAUCCAUUCCCAGCUUUAUGGAGCGCCGCUGCAGGAGAUUUCAGUGAUUGCUCCUGCAGCUGAUCUUCAGAUCCCUGUAAAGGAGGCAGUGCAAACUAAGACUCCACUGGACAGAAGCGGGAGCAGAGAUGAAGCUGUGGAGAAGCUGAAGGUGUUUCUGAGGGUUCGACCCCUUACAGAGGUGGAGAAGGACAGGGGAGAAGAACAGGGCUGUGUGUGUGUGCAGUCUGAAGACACUCUGCUCCUCAGAGCACCCAAAGACUCGCACAACAUGAAGAGCGCAGAGAGAGGCAUCGUCCAGAGCAUGCACAAGUUCAACUUUACACGGAUAUUUGGACCAGAAACCUCGCAGCAGGAUGUGUAUGACCAAACCAUGAGGCAGAUGGUGCGUGAUGUCCUUCAUGGAAAGAAUCGGCUUCUCUAUACAUAUGGCGUAACCAACUCUGGCAAAACCUACACCGUACAGGGCACGGCUACAGAAGCAGGUCUCCUGCCUCGGGCUUUAGUCUCCCUGUUCCACAAGAUUUCGGGACGGCUCUACCCUGCUGUGGACCUAAAGCCAGUACUCAGCCAGGAGGUCCGCAGGCUGGACGUCAGCGAGGUCCGCGCUGAGGAAGCUAGACGGAACACUCUGCUGAAAGAGGAGGAGACUCCCAGGCUGCGUGGGGGUCUGAGUACCAGCUGGGACAGCGGAAUCGGUGGCCUCUCAGCGGUCACUCGGCUUGAAGAUUCAGAUGCUGUUUGUUUGGAGGCGGAUCCUCUGUCGCUCAGCGGUGGAGAUGAUCUGGAGCAGGGCCUGCAGUACUCCAUCUGGGUCUCCUUCUAUGAGAUCUACAACGAGUUCCUGUACGAUCUUCUAGAGGCUCUGCCGUCUCUCCAAAGCCGUAAGAGAGCCACGCUGCGACUGAGUGACGACAAAUACGGAAACCCCUAUGUGAAAGAUCUGACUUGGGUUCAGGUUCGGAGCGCAGAGGAGGCCUGGAAAGUGCUCAGAGUCGGACGAUGUAACCAAAGCUUCGCCAGCACUCACCUCAACCACAACUCGAGCCGCAGUCACAGUAUCUUUACCGUUCGAGUUCUACACAUCGAUCCGCAGGCAGAGAUGGGACAAGGAACACAAAUCAGCGAGUUGUCAGUUUGUGACCUGGCGGGGUCGGAGCGCUGUAAGGACCAGCAGAACGGAGAGAGGAUGAAGGAGGCCAACAACAUCAACACUUCCCUCCUCACCCUGGGACGCUGCAUCAGUGCUCUACGACACAACCAGACUAACAAGUCACGUCCUCCACAGGUUGUGCCAUUCAGAGACAGCAAGCUGACAAGAGUGCUGCAGAGCUUCUUCUGUGGCCAUGGCCACUCGUGCAUGGUGGUCAAUAUUAACCCCUGCGCCUCCACCUACGACGAGACGCUGCAGGCCCUCAAGUUCUCUGCUAUUGCCACUCAGCUGGUUCAUGGUCCCUCCACUAAAACACGGGUAGCCUACAUCCUCUCACUCCUUCGAGAGCAAAGCACACACUCAACCAACAAUACUUUGAUGGAGCAGGAAGAAGAGGAAGAGAGUGAUGAUGAAGGAGACCUCACCAUGUUUGACCCUGAGGAGCUGCUAAAGGCCAUCGAUGUGCUGAAGCGAGAGGUCCUGCGUCAGCGUCAGGAGAAAGAAGAUCUGGAGGCCAGGGUCAGAGAGGAGGUCUGCUCUGAGAUGAUGGAGAUAAUUAACCGCAUGCAGGAUGAUUUUAGUGAGACCCUCGAAAGUGAACGGGAUCUGAUGGAGGAGAGAUGCGAGAACAAGAUCAACUAUUUGAAAAGCAGCUUAAAGAAGUACUACAGUCAGGAACUGGAGGAGAGAGAUGAGCAGAUCAGAGAGCUGGCGGCGGAGCUGAAGGAGAAGGAGGGAGGAAGCGCAGCCCUCCUGUUCCCUCCUGUGGACUCCGAGGGGCUGCGUAGAUCCAAGCGUCUGGCCUCAACAGCUCUGAAGAGGAACACGGGGCACGACGGCGCCGAGCUGGACCAGUGUAGGGCCGAGCUGGAGCAGUGUAAAUCUGAACUGGACCAGUGUAAAACUGAGCUGGACCUCAGACGGACAGAGCUGAGGCUCAAAACACUUGAGCUAAAACGUUUCCAGGAGCAGCUCCCAGUUACCGUCGGCAGCAGCAGCCUGACCAGCACAGCGGACCGCAAACUGGUAGAGGGACAGAAGAACCUGAGGCAGCUGAGGGCCGACCUGCAGUUGUUGGGGCUGAAGCUGCAGUCGGGCGAGCGAGCCUGUUGCCGUAACACUGACGGAGAGAAACUGCGCAUGGCGCUCAGCUCAGCCGACGCCACGCUCGCUAAGCAGGGCCAAAUGCUGGUGGAGCUGCAAACCAGCCUGCAGCUGGUCAAAGCUGAACUGCGGCACAAAGACGAGAGCCUGGCGCAGCUGCAGCGCCCCCCUGUGGCCACCACCCCGAGCUCCUGUAAGCGGCGAGGCUGCGGAGAGAACGAACCGCCUGAGAAACGGCAGCUGCUGCGCUCACUCUUCACCUCCUCACGCACCCCAUCCAAAACCCCGCGGUGGGGCGGCUUUACCACACCCUACUCCAGCGUGCUGCGCUCACGCCAACCCUCACCUCCCCCCAGCCCCGCCCUAACACGCAGGGUCAAGUAUUAAAGGGGUAAUCUGACCAAACGAACAUUAAGGUGGCUAACGGUGGAUAAAAGCUAGAGUCGGCUGAGGUGGUCUGGUUUGCAAUGCGGAGGAAAGCCGGCAUUUUUAUGUACACUAAAUACCAAAAACCAAUAUUAUGCAUUUCCAUUGUUAAACUCUUUGCUAACAUUUACUAAAACCUUCUAAGGUUUUAAAGAGGAACUAAAAUUUUUUUUUUUCAAAACUUAAUUAAAUAGUUAAGAUCCAAAGAGAGUCUUUGAGAACGGUGAAACAAUUCAUUGCAGAGAAACUUAACAGAUUUCUUUACAGUGGUGGUGAUGGGAACCAGGGGUCGCCAUGACUACAACACAAAUAUAGACAUUUUAUUUACUAU